AAGCAAGACUCCACCGAUGGAUCCCACCCCCUAGUUCACCAGGCGUCCAAUGAGAGCAGAGCGUCCAUCACAGAGUCUCUGUCAGAGUUUUUCGAUGCUCAGGAGGUUCUACUGUCUGCCAGCUCCUCAGAAAACGAGGCCUCUGAUGAUGACUCAUACAUCAGUGACAACGUCAGCGACAACAUCUCCAUGGACAACUUCAGCAACGAGACGGAGAGACCUAACUCGGGCUGUGAAGAGACCGGGGCCCUUCUGAGAAGACGCAGGUCGUGCCUCCCGUCGGCCAGCCCCAACACCAGUAACAUCAGUCUAUGGAACAUCCUUAAGAACAACAUAGGGAAAGACCUCUCCAAGGUGGCUAUGCCUGUUCAGCUGAACGAGCCCCUCAACACCCUGCAGAGACUGUGUGAGGAGCUGGAGUACAGCGAGCUGCUGGACAGAGCUGCUAACACACAGGACCCCUUUGAACGCAUGGUGUACAUAGCCACGUUUGCAGUGUCGGACGCGUCCAGCUACCACCCGGGAGGGAAGCCCUUCAACCCGGUCCUGGGGAGACCUAUGAGUGUGACCGCCCCGACAAAGGGCCUCCGAUUUGUAGCAGAACAGGUCAGCCAUCACCCACCUAUAUCAGCAUGCCACGCUGACUCUAAAAACUACAUAUUCUGGCAAGACAUGAGGUGGAAAAACAAGUUCUGGGGGAAGUCUAUGGAAAUAGUUCCUGUGGGCACCACCCAUGUGAUGCUGCCAGGGUUUGGGGACCACUAUGAGUGGAACAAGGUCACGUCCUGCAUCCACAACAUCCUGAGUGGGCAGCGCUGGAUAGAACACUAUGGAGAGAUCUCCAUCAGGAACACCAGCACUGAUAUCUGCCAGUGUAAGGUCACCUUCAUCAAGGCCAAGUACUGGAACUCGAGUGUUAACGAGGUGGAGGGCACCAUCACAGACCACAAGGGGAAGGUCAUCCACAGACUGUUUGGGAAGUGGAACGAGGGGGUGUACUGUGGAGACCCCCCCUCUGCCACCUGCAUCUGGAGAGCCAAUGCCAUGCCGGCUGACCACGAGCAGUACUACGGCUUCACUAAGUUUGCUAUGGAGCUCAAUGAGCUGGACCCUUCACUGAAACUGCUGCUGCCUCCCACAGACACCCGGCUACGGCUCGACCAGAGGCUGCUAGAGGAGGGCAACGUAGAGGCAGCAGAGGAACAGAAACAGAAGAUAGAACAGCAGCAGAGAGACAGACGCAGAGUCCUGGAGGAAAACACCAUGACACAUCAACCCACAUUCUUCAGGAAAUCAAAGGACGACACCUGGGUUAGCAACAACACUUACUGGGACCUGAGAAGGGAUCCAGGCUUUUCCCACCUGGACUGUCCUGUGUUGUGGUGACCUGAGGAGGAACCAGGCUAUCCCCACCUGGACUGUCCUGUACUGGGGUGACCUGAGGAGGGAACCAGGCUAUCACCACCUGGACUGUCCUGUGUUGUGGUGACCUGAGGAGGGAACCAGGCUAUCCCCACCUGGACUGUCCUGUAUUGGGGUGACCUGAGGAGGGAACCAGGCUAUCCCCACCUGGACUAUCCUGUAUUGGGGUGACCUGAGGAGGGAUCCAGGCUUUUCCCACCUGGACUGUCCUGUGUUGUGGUGACCUGAGGAGGGAACCAGGCUAUCCCCACCUGGACUGUCCUGUAUUGGGGUGACCUGAGGAGGGAUCCAGGCUUUUCCCACCUGGACUGUCCUGUGUUGUGGUGACCUGAGGAGGGAACCAGGCUAUCCCCACCUGGACUGUCCUGUAUUGGGGUGACCUGAGGAGGGAACCAGGCUAUCACCACCUGGACUAUCCUGUGUUGUGGUGACCUGAGGAGGGAACCAGGCUAUCACCACCUGGACUGUCCUGUGUUGUGGUGACCUGAGGAGGGAACCAGGCUAUCAACACCUGGACUGUCCUGUGUUGUGGUGACCUGAGGAGGGAACCAGGCUAUCACCACCUGGACUGUCCUGUGUUGUGGUGACCUGAGGAGGGAACCAGGCUAUCACCACCUGGAAUGUCCUGUGUUGUGGUGACCUGAAGAGGGAACCAGGCUAUCACCACCUGGACUGUCCUGUGUUGUGGUGACCUGAGGAGGGAACCAGGCUAUCACCACCUGGACUGUCCUGUGUUGUGGUGACCUUAGUGUGACUUUUGUGGCCACUGGUCACACACCUGGGUCAUGUUUAUUAGGCCCAGGACUGAAACAGGGAGGGACGACCUGAACGUGUCCAGUAAGAAACACUUGUGUGUUCAAAAGGCACCAAACACAGAAAACAAGAAAACAGACUGCAACUUCCAGUCCAAUAAGAAACUUCAUUUUUUUGUUUUCAGUUGCAAAACGUUUUGCUACGGUGUGCACUUAUGAACACGACCCUGUUUGGACUUCCUGUCUGUACUGUGACCCAGGCUGGUUCUGGGGGCUGGAAUCCUGCUGCUCUAUCCGUCUCAUUGGUUACGCGUUAAAUGGCACCCUAUUCCCUACAUAGUGUACUGCUUUUGACCAGAGCCCUGUGGGCCCAAGUAGUGCAUC